GAGGCGGGAGCGGCAGCGGAGCUUGCAGCCGGAGCAGCUGCAGCGGUUGCAGCGGUUGCAGCGGCUCCAGCGGCUCCCCCGGGCCGGCCGAGCGCGCAUCCUCGGGCUGCAGCCGAGCCCGACCCUUCCCCGACGGCGGCCGGAGCCGCGGGACGAGGCGGGACGAAGCAAGAUGGCAGGGAUUUUAGCCUGGUUCUGGAACGAGCGGUUCUGGCUGCCCCACAAUGUCACCUGGGCCGAUCUGAAGAACACAGAAGAAGCCACCUUCCCCCAGGCGGAGGAUCUCUACCUCGCCUUCCCCCUGGCCUUCUGCAUCUUCAUGAUCCGGCUGGUCUUUGAGAGGUUUAUAGCCAAACCUUGUGCCUUAGGCCUUAAUAUCCAGGCCAAUGGACCACAGAAAGCCCAGCCCAACGCCAUUCUGGAAAAGGUCUUUACUGCCAUUACUAAGCAUCCAGAUGAAAAACGACUGGAAGGGCUCUCAAAGCAGCUAGACUGGGACAUUCGCAGCAUCCAGCGUUGGUUUCGACAAAGGCGGAACCAGGAGAAACCCAGCACCCUUACAAGAUUCUGUGAGAGCAUGUGGAGAUUUGCAUUUUACCUUUAUGUAUUUACCUAUGGAGUCCGGUUCCUGAAGAAGACCCCAUGGCUUUGGGAUACAAAGCAGUGCUGGUACAAUUACCCGUAUCAGCCACUGACCUCUGACCUUCAUUACUACUACAUACUGGAGUUGUCUUUCUAUUGGUCUUUAAUGUUUUCACAGUUCACUGACAUCAAAAGAAAGGACUUCGGCAUUAUGUUCCUGCAUCAUCUCGCAGCCAUAUCCCUGAUUACGUUUUCGUAUGUCAACAAUAUGGCCCGAGUAGGGACCCUGGUUAUGUGUCUUCAUGAUGCAGCGGAUGCCCUGCUGGAGGCUGCCAAAAUGGCAAAUUAUGCCAAAUUUCAAAAAAUGUGUGAUCUCCUGUUCGUCAUGUUUGCCAUUGUCUUCAUCACCAUGAGACUUGGUGUAUUUUCUCUCUGGGUAUUAAACACAACACUAUUUGAAAGUUGGGAAAUUGUUGGACCAUAUCCAUCCUGGUGGGUCUUUAAUUUAUUACUGCUACUACUUCAAGUGCUGAACUGCUUUUGGUCGUAUUUGAUCGUUAAGAUAGCCUGCAAAGCGAUUUCAAAAGGCAAGGCUGGGAAGUGGAAUCCUUUGCAUGUGUCGAAGGAUGACCGAAGCGACAUCGAGUCCAGUUCAGACGAGGAAGGCUCAGUGCUGCCUGCCAAGAAACGGCACCACGUCUCCGCCACCAAUGGGACCGGAGGCAAUGCCAACGGGACAAACGGGCAUCUCCCGGGAGGCCCUUGUUCAGAGGAACAUUGAGCCCUCGGUCCAGCCAAGAGACCCAGACAGAGCGAACUCUUUGGUAUUGGAAGGACUUUUAAGUUGUGAAUGCAGUUCCUUUCUUCUAUCUCAGCAUCAGAAACAAAAAUUAGGAGUAUCAAAGCAUUCUGAUAGUGCACUGCCAUAUUUCCUGUCUGUGAAUGAAAAAAGACUUAGCAUUCUCUAUAUGUAGGCAUGCUGUAUGUAUGUAUAUGUAACUGACACAAUGGGAACAGUAUUUUCACGUGUACUGUCAUUGAAUAUUAUUAAUUUUUUGUAAUCGUUUGGAAAUCUGGGUCUGAGGGGCAUUUCCUCACUCCUUUGGCUCUAUAAAUCCCCUGUGGGUAGAAGAGACAGGCCCAAGUCUCACCUGCCCACCCACACAGCUUGUGCUUGGUCUGCUCUAAGUAUUGAUCGGCUAGAUUUGUCAUUUACAGAAGUGAAACCAUAGCUCUCCCAUUUACUGUUUAGCCCCCCAUUCCUUUUUCUUCCUUGGUGUGACAGCGCUGGUUUCGUUAUCACCUAAAAAAAUGUCCCAGAGACCAUCCUCCUGGUGUAAACUUGAAAGGGGUCUGUUUUUGAGUAGUCUCGCUAAUGUGAUCAAUUAGCAGUUCAAAUUAACAGUGUAGGGUAUUAUUUCGGUAUUGUUCUAAACCAAAUCGGUGGCUAAUUGCAUUAGAAUAGACUUCAUUACGUAUGCACAGGCCUAAGAGGUGUCAAUUUCAGUGCAGCGAGACUGGCAAGCACAAGGUGGUAGAUUAGUUCUGCCUGGUCUCUUUGAACUUUCUGUACUGCUUCUCUUUGGAAACAACACUUAUUUCUGCUCCAGAAGGGAGAGAGGGGGUCAGAGAGAGGUUUGCUGAAGCCCAUAAUGGCAAAUGCAAAAAUCUCAACCGACAUUGAGAAUUUGUCCCUGCUGCCUGGCGAUGAUGUAAGGCAGAGACGUAAGCUGAAAGGGUAGACAAGAGUUCAGUGCAUCAGCAAAUAGGUUUCAAUUAGGCUUUCCUGCUGUUUUUAUAAUUACCGUGGUCUUGCAUCACUCUAUGGAAGAGAGGAGAUAGAGUGUUUUCUGAGAACUGCAAAAGCUGAUUUAAAAAUCUUGGCAAAAUUCACCCAUGGGUGCAGAGAACUUGAGAGGUGUCAAGAUCCCCCAUGGUGCUUGGCAUUACUAACUUUGUGUGGGUGCGGAGCGAAAGGACACGGAAGAUGGCAGAAAUAUUGAACCCUGGCCUUCUGCCAUGUUGAGAUGAGUUCCUGCAGCAGCAGCCUGACACCCGAAUCCACUUUCCUUACUUGGAAGCUUGCUUUACUUUCCAGGAAAAUCCAGCUGGAGUGGCUCCUUUCAGAAACACUAAGUUCCUUUUCCACCCUGGGGCAGGAUUAGCGGCUGGUGAUUUCUGGAGAACAGCGUUUGCUGAGCCUCCGAUCCAGCAGGUCUGUGUGGGUGCAGAAGGACAAUGUGCACAGAAGCCAAAGAAAGUCUUCUUUAAACGGAAGGAAUGAAAAAGGAAAAAUCAGUUUUUUAUCAGAUUCUUCACUCACAUCCAGAAUGGCAACUUCAUGUAACUUCUCUUAUCCCAGGAAAAUCCUUCACUACGAUCUCGAUCUUAAUUCACACGCUUACAGGAGCUUGUUUCUGGCAUGAUCCUUGCCCAUUUUGAAGCCGUUUGAGAAUCUGGUGACGUUUCCUUUUCUACUCUGAGCUGCAUCACGUCUGGCCGUGGGCUGGGUUCGUGUGGGAGUGCCUAUGGGGCUGUGCCUGCAGAUGGCCCCCACACACUUGUGAGUGUGUUUGUGAUAGCGGUCGUUAAGUGUAGAGAGCAACCAGGCAACCUAUAAAUCAUCAAAAAAUGUUCAGAAAUGAAGAAUAUUACAGAUAAAGCAAUAUCAAGCAUUUACCGGAAUUUAUUUCGGGGAGAAUGGAGUUCCUCUUAAUACCUUUUAAAAUGUAGACUAGAGUAGGUACAGAAAGUGCCCAGCAUAGGAGACUUUCAGCUGAAGUAAUAUAAUGGGAAUAGUGUGUUUUUCAUUGUCUUAAACCAAGUGACAUGUUCUCUCCCUUUUAGAUUUCACAGGCUCAUCCCCAAAAGUCUGAUUGGUCCAGGGGAGCCAGGAAGAAUUGCUAGAACAUGAGGUGUGUGGUACUUAUCACUGGGCGCAUUUUCUCUUCACUGGAGAACAGUGGGAAAUAGAAUCGGGUGGACUCUUUAUGGCGGCUGGAACUAUCCCAGUGCGGUCCUGCUGUUGCUGUGAACGGUUUGAUUGCAUUUCAGACUGGAGGGCUGGUGGUUGGCUGCUGAGAGAUCCCCAAAUUUAAGUUAGUGAGUCGCCUAUGGAAUCUUCUCCGUAAUGGCCCAGGAUGUUCAGUUAGGCUAGGAAAGAGUAGCACGCAAAGUUUUUGUUGUCUCUACGUGUUAUAAUCUUCAGCAGUAUGUGUGCUUUAUAAAUGUAAAAGUAGAUAAAAUAGGAGUUUAACGCUCCGUAGUGUAACUUAACCCCGAGUAGACACUAUAACCUAUUGAUCCCAACAACCGAAGUUCUACUAGCCAAGGGUACUGUGGGUUGGGAAAAAGGAUGGGUCUAGGAAAGCCCCUUGGGGAAAAAACUACUGUUAUUCCAAAAAUACAUAGAUUUUCUUGGUGUAUUAGAGAAAGAUAGACAAUGGCUGGGAGAAUUUAUCCCUGAGUCGGAGUACUGGCCAAAAUGUAUUCUCCGUGUGUAAAGCCAAGUGUGUGUUUCCUGAAAGUUAAGUAGAAAUGUAGCAGUUUUCUGCUCUCACCUUUAUCCUUUUUUUUUUUUUUUUUGGAAGAUGCUUCAAAGUUGAGCUUUGGUGUCCCUGUAUUUUCAAUCAGUUAGAGACCGCUCUGACUUCCACGUCCUGCCGGCCCAGUUUACAACAGCAGAGUAUUUUUUCCUCCUUGCCGCCAUUGCAGUGGUUCAUUGGUAGGACCAUUGAAAAUGGCUACAAGAAACAUAAUACUCAGCUCCAAAUCGCAUUGUGUGAUUUCUGCAGUUUCCCUCUGUGGGUGUGUUUGUGUGUGUGGUGGGGGGAGGGUAGGGGCGGAGGAGAGGAAGGAGUCUUCCCAGAUUUGGGAUGUGUUUUAAACCUUUUGAGUUUUGCAGAUGUCUCUCUCCACUUUUAGAGGGGUUCGCCUCCCCCAUUUCAUUACUAUCCAACUCCACCUCUGCUGCCUCAUAUAGUUGGAGCUCCAGAUGACUUAUGCAGACGGAGCAGCCUCUUUCAGGGAAGAUUAGCCUGCUUUGGAGGAAACCAAGGGAAAAUGCAAGCAGGAAAAUGAAGUUUCAGGGUCAGAGUGCCCAUUCUCUAUCAGCCAAAUCUGAAAAUGCUUGAUUCUGUUGCCAAACUUUCAGUCCCAGGUGUUUGAUGGAGGUCAAAAUUCAGCAAAUUGAGUUCUUUUAUCCUUAAUGGAAAGGGCCCAAGCCUUUCUCUGGGUGUACUGCAACGUCAGUGUUAUUCAUUCUGAUGGAAAAGGUAAUUCUAACUGACCUUGGUCUUUUUGCUGUUCAACUCCGGAAAGACUGUCAAAGAUUGAACACGACUUCCGUCUUUACCCCAAGCCCCCAUUCCUGCAUUGAAGAUCAUUUUCUGGUCUGAUUCAGAAAGUUGGUCAGAAUUUGCUGUUUGGACAGACCUUCCAUUUUCUGAAAUUUGCUUUCAAGUUCCUGGAACUUUGAGCAAAUGCAAGAUAAUGAAAAAAGACUUUCAGGUUCCCUUCAUCAGUAUGUGUCAGUGUCGUUACUUCCAGAGGGAUUGUAUAGAAGGGGCUGUGUGUUAGUAUUCCAGGUUAGUAUUUAAGGUCUUAAUGUCCUAUUUGGUUAUCCAUUCUCUUUGCCUUAUAAACCGAGGCUCUGUUGCGUGAGUUUGACACCCCAAACAAAGCGAGCAAAUUGCCACCUUGAUCAGAACAUGCUCACAAAUCACUUCUGGCUCCUAAUUAACUUUUGUGUAGAAAAAUAAGUUGGAUUUGCAUUUUACCCAGCACACUGCGGGGAAGCCUAGGGUUUUCAUUAAGAAUCGACAGAGAGAUGCAGUAUCCUGAAGGGAAGGAGGAGCCGCAGUCUCCACAAGGAGAAGAUUUCUCUGCUGAUUAAAUUCAGUUGUGCCAUUUUCAAAAUACCAAUGUGAGGUAUUGAAUAGUUUCCAUGGGGCCAGCUUCUGCUAUUCAAGUUUCAAAGAACACGUAAAGUCAAAUCCCGCCUUUACGCAUCCACGCGUGAAUAAAGACGAAUUCAGCCUUGCCGUAGGCAGCCGGUUACGGGUGAGAUGCUGUCUUUCCUGAAGGUUUGAUCUGAAUUGCUAGCAGUGGGUAUCAUUUUCCUGGGGAAAUGUUUCCAGACUUCUGAGAACUGUCGGCCCAGAGCCUAUUGGAAAUCUACAGAACCCCAUGGACACCUCAAAGACUGAGCCCUUCUUUCCACACAUUCCAAGUUUGGGCACAGCCCACAUGCUGGACUGACGUUGGAGUCCCACACACAAAGAAGGGCUUUAACAACCAGGUGCCCAUCCCAAUCACCUCACCGUGUCACCUCACCGUGUCCCUAGCUCAGCCAGUCUAGGAUCUAAACGGGAAGCUGUGGGAAGGUUCUAGAGCCCACUGGGCUUGUGCCUCAAUCAGUCAACAGAGUCCUUCCAGACUCCCAUUGGCUCAAUGAAAGGACAGGACAUUGUCGCUCUUUGGCAGUUGAUUCUUUGAUAGUUCUUAAAUCGCAGGUUUGAUCCACUUCUUUGUGAACUGUGUUUCCCUGGUCGGCACACUUGUGUGAAGUGGGCCGCUGCUGCAUUGAUUCUCAGUCACCCCCGCCCUCUCCCACACCCCCCCAUCAGAAGACAUACCACUUCGCGGUGACCUAUAAAUUGCAGUUGCCUUGAAGCUACCAAACAAGACCUGUGUGAGUGGUUUAUAUGUCGGGUUGGAAAUGACAUUUUACUCAGAAUUUUUUUUAAAUCAAGAUGAAAGUUUAAAAAACUGGCAUUUGUGUAAUUGCCUUUAAAAGCAAAGGGAAUUCUGAUUGUAGUUGCAAAGAAAACACAGGGCUGGAAUGUGUCUCGACACCCUUACUGUCCACGGAAACGGGUUCAAAUCCAAUCUGAAGGAGGGCAAGAGUCUGAGAAUUUCAGCCUAGUACUUCAAUGAUCUUAAAUCGUGUCAGGUAGUUACAGAUCCCUUUUUUCCCCAAUCUGAUUUCCUUAAGGUCAUGAUUUUUGCACCUUCCCUCCUCCCCCUGCUUUUGCUUAUAGAUUAGCUUUCGUUCCCAUUAGCUAUACAUUUGGUGGGUUUUGUUUUGAAUUUUACCUGCAGUGAGAAAUGGUGGGACAGAUGACACAGAUUUCACCCGUGUUUUUAAAACUGCUCUGGGCUUGGGGCAACUUGGUCAGAAAUAGAAUGAUGUACUUUUAGGUUAUUAGAAAUCUUUUAUGUAUAGCUAUUGUGCAUAACUGAACUUUGGGAGUUACUUUGUGUUUUGAUGAUUUUUUAUAUGGAAGAUACAAUUAUUCAUCCUUGAAUAUCUGGAACCAAUCAUUAUUGUGAAUUAUUUUAUUUUGGAAACACUUUCAUAAUAAAGAUAAGUAUUAGAAAUGCA